AUGCGGCUCCUGGAGAGCACACCCCCGCACUUUGCAGCACCCCCCCCCGCACUCUACAGCAUCCCCCCGCAAGCUGCAGCACACCCCGGCACGCUGCAGCACACCCCCACACGCUGCAGCACACCCCCGCACGCUGCAGCACACCCCCACACGCUGCAGCACACCCCCGCACGCUGCAGCACACCCCCGCACGCUGCAGCACACCCCCACACGCUGCAGCACACCCCCACACGCUGCAGCACACCCCCACACGCUGCAGCACAGCCCCGCACGCUGCAGCACACCACCGCACGCUGCAGCACACCCCCCCACGCUGCAGCACACCCCCGCACGCUGCAGCACACCCCCACACGCUGCAGCACACCCCCACACGCUGCAGCACACCCCCACACGCUGCAGCACACCCCCACACGCUGCAGCACACCCCACACGCUGCAGCACACCCCCACACGCUGCAGCACACCCCCACACGCUGCAGCACCUUUCACACGCUGCAGCACUUCACACGCUGCAGCACACCCCCACACGCUGCAGCACACCCGCACGCUGCAGCAUCCCCCCUCACUCUGCAGCACCCCCCCGCACGCUGCAGCACACCCCCACACGCUGCAGCACAUCCCCGCACGCUGCAGCACAUCCCCACACGCUGCAGCACACCCCCACACGCUGCAGCACACCUCCGCACGCUGCAGCACCCCCCCACACGCUGCAGCAUACCCCCGCACGCUGCAGCACACCCCCGCACGCUGCAGCACAUCCCCGCACGCUGCAGCACCCCCCCACACGCUGCAGCACCCCCCCACGCUGCAGCACACCCCACACGCUGCAGCACCCCCACGCUGCAGCACCCCCCCACACGCUGCAGCACCCCACACGCUGCAGCACCCCCACACGCUGCAGCACACCCCCCCACGCUGCAGAACACCCCCACACCCUGCAGCACCCCACACGCUGCAGCACACCCCACGCUGCAGCACACCCCACACGCUGCAGCACCCCCACACGCUGCAGCACACCCCACACGCUGCAGCACACCCCCUCACGCUGCAGCACAUCCCCGCACGCUGCAGCACACCCCACCCGCUGCAGCACCUCCCCACACGCUGCAGCACACCCCCACACGCUGCAGCACACCCCCGCACGCUGCAGCACCCCCACACGCUGCAGCACCCCACACGCUGCAGCACACCCCCACACGCUGCAGCACACCCCACACGCUGCAGAACACCCCACACGCUGCAGCACCCCGGCACGCUGCAGCACACCCCCACACGCUGCAGCACACCCCCGCACGUUACAGAACACCCCCACACGCUGCAGCACCCCCCCACACGCUGCAGCACCCCCCCACACGCUGCAGCACACCCCCGCCCGUUACAGAACACCCCACACGCUGCAGCACACCCCACACGCUGCAGCACCCCCACACGCUGCAGCACCCCCACACGCUGCAGCACACCCCACGCUGCAGCAGCACCCCCCACACGCUGCAGCACACCCCCGCACGUUGCAGAACACCCCACACGCUGCAGCACACCCCACACGCUGCAGCACACCCCACACGCUGCAGCACACCCCCGCACGUUGCAGCACACCCCCGCACGUUACAGAACACCCCCACACGCUGCAGCACACCCCCGCACGUUGCAGAACACCCCCGCACGUUGCAGAACACCCCCGCACGUUGCAGAACACCCUCACAGUACAGUGUAA